AUGGCCGCGGCGACCCUUGAAGACAGAGACUACGACGGCGACCGUCUCACGACCGCCAAGCGGGGCAAGAAAAAUGUUCUUCUCUCGACCGGUGGGACCCGUGUCUUCCCAACCAACGAAUCCCCGAAUCCACGUCAGCCGUUUUCCUCAGCCAACGGGCCCACGUGGCCGGAUAAGUCAUUCUCGCAGCCAAACCCAAACACAGAAGCCGCCGCAGCAGCCGCUACAGCCAAAGCCGCAGCGGAAGGGAUUCUCCCUCCUCUUGGUGCUACUGAAGCUAAGCAUAUACGACAUAGUCACCAGCUAAAUCACCCGCCGCAUCUUCACCACCCUAAAGCCGUCACGCCGGAUGCUGACGUGGCCGCCGCGACCGCCAUCGCCGCUGCAGCCGUAGUUGGGCCUGCUGCUCCUGUCGCGUCGCGUCCCGUGAAGCCGCUUAGUCAUCAUACCAAUGGCGGAACGGGUAGGUCUGGUGGGAGAGAAGGGGAGAAGGGGCAAGUCGCGCGAUUCAAGAAAGAGGUUGAGGAUGAGGAGGACACGUCAUGCAGCAGCGAAUCCGCGAGAGCCGCCGGAUCUUCCGUGGGCUCCUGCGAGAGCACGUGCGUGCGAGUGCCACGUGGCGGGAUGGGGUUUGGCGCGGGAAUCGCGGAGAGCAGCGAGGAGCUGGACGAGUUGAGACUGGAGGUUGCGGAGUUGAGGCGGCGGGUGGCGAGGCACGAGGAGGAGGCGAAGAAGCUGCGAGAUGAGGUGCUCUAUCUUCGCGCGUGCGGUUACGAGAUGCACUUAGCUAAGAGCCAGCAGCAGCAGGGGUGCGUUCUCACACCAGCUACCAGCGCCUCACGCUUACCGUUCCAGGACGUGGGCAACCUCCCGGCAGCCGUGCCCGGGACCAUCAUAAACACGUUUGGAAACCCCGAGAACGCCAUCUCGAGCUUAGAGAUGAUGAUGGGGAUGCGUUUAGCGGGGAUGGCUGAUAACGCAGAGCUCAGGGGAGUUGGAACCGCAGGGGGAGGAGGAGGAGGAGCAGGAGUGGUAGGUGAGGGGUCGGCGGUAGGUCUAGCGGCAGCAGGCGUGGAAGCAGGGAAGGCAGGACGAGGAGGGGAGCAGCACGCGCAGGGGCAGAAGGAGAAUAGGGAGAACAGGGAGAAUAAGCAACCUGGGAACGGAUUGACCGGUUUGCACGAACGAGACAGUCCGCAAGGAGCGAGUGGGUUGCAAGAGAGAGGGCGUGUGCAAGAUAGGGGGAGCGCAGGCGUUCGGGAUGCGAGGGGUAAUGCGAGUGGUGGUGAUGGGUUGUCCGUCCUGCCCCCCCUUUGGGCAUCUGAUUCCCCUUCGAAAGGGAACAGUCACAGGGAGGGCGGUGGGGGACGUGGUGCUGCUGGGGAAGCUGAUGUGGCAGUGGCGCCAGGAGCUCUUGCCUCUCCUCGUCCCGCUGCCACGUCAGCAUGCCCUGUCCUGCCGGCUCGGCCUGCCACGCCAGGAGCCGUCGCGCGGCCGCCAGUGUACAGCGGGCGAGCGAGUCUGGAGAAGAUGAGGCCGCCGCCUAUAAAGGGGAUGCCGCUGCCGUGGGAGUCGGUUGAUGACGUGGCGAAUCUGCAGGCUGGGAUUGGCUGUAAGGUUGAUGGAAGAGGUGGUGGUGGUGUUGCUGCUGCUGCUGCUGCUGGGAAGGAUGGAAGGGUGUAUACCGGAGGAGAGGGGAUUGGAGAACAGGCGGAGCAGGCGGCAGCAGCAGCAGCAGCAGCAGCAGGAGCAGCAGCAGCAGGAGCAGCAGCAGCAGGAGCGGAAGCAGCAGCAGCAACAGCGGAGGCAUCAGGAGUAAAGACAGCAGCAGCAGUGGACCACGGGUCGGCAGUGGAAGCGUGGCUGGAUGGGACGGCAGGGAACCUGAUAGAGUCACCCUCGAUAGACGAACCGGCAUGGGCGGUGGGCGUGUGGGAGGAGGGAGGAGUGAGCGCGGAGAAGGGGGCACUGCAAGGGCACUCUCUUAUGGGGGCGUGUGAGGACGAGCUGCUUCUGCAUCCCACAAACCCCUUCCUCUCCCCUCCUCCUGCUGAUGCCUUGCUCUGGCAAGAGCAUGGCGCUCCCAUUGCAGCAUCCGCGUUACAGGUGGACCCGUUAGAGGCAAGAGCAGCUUCUCCCGAAACAGAGUGUUAUCAGACAGCGAACCGACCAAAACACGAGCAGCAGCAGCUCGAGCAGCAGCGAGUAACAGCGGCGCAGCAGGUUCAACAGCGAGUAACAGCGGCGCAGCAGGUUCACCAGCGAGAUGAAGCUGAAGCGAGGGCGAAAAAGAAGAGCUCAGAGAAGGGCGAUUCUCCCCGCACUGCUGCUAACGCCAUGCUCCCUGCCACAACUCCCCCUGCCGCACCUCUCCGAGCCAUGCCCCCUUCCACACCCCCCCCUGCUGCGCCAACCUCUGCUGCUCCCACCACUCCCCACGCUAGUACCCCAACUCCCGGACUGGCCAAUCUCUCUUCGCCAGCUGGACUGCCAGCAGGACCGGAAGAAAAGCCAGCGCUGUGGGCGGCAGCAGUGGCAGCAGCGACAAUGAUGACCCCCACCGCCGCCCGGAUCUCGGACCUCCUCUUUGGGUCCUCCCCCUCUCCCUCCGGCCCCACUCCUCUCUCUGGUCCUUCUGACCCCACCCCUCCCUCUGCCCCCUGUCCGCCCUCUGAUAGUUUCUCUCUGGGUGUGAGCCAGGGUGUGAGGGGAGGGGCAGGGGGAGCAGUAGCAGAAGGGGAGAGCGUGGGGGCGAGGAGGAGGGGGGUGGGGGAGUCGGAUAGCUCUCUUACACUGGUGCGAGGGGCGUCCUGCCGAAGCUCUGUUGACACGCCCGGGUUUGCGGCGGGUGCUGGUGCUGGUAGCCGCUCCUCCCUGCCUGCUGUGGGGGGUGGAGGGCGAGGGGAGUGGGAGGGGGAGGGUGAGGGGGAAGAGAGUGAGGCGGAGAGCGAGGAGGGGGAGAGUGAGGAGGAGAGCGAGGGGGAAGAGAGCGAGGAGGAGAGUGAGAGCGAUUACAGUGAGAGUGGUAGCGGUAGUGAUGAGGAGGAGGAGGAGGAGGAGGAGGAGGAGGAGGAGGAGGAGGAGGAGGAGGAGGAGGAGGAGGAAGAAGAAGAAGAGGAGGAGAGGGGUGAGGGUGGGAAGGUGGGUGGGGGGGAGAAGAGUGCCACAGAGGACGACAGAAGCUGUACCAGCUUUCUUUCCUCAGGUGGGGCCACUGCUGCGGCGUCAGCCCUCUCAGGUGAAUUACCAGGUUUCUCAGGUGAACUCAACGCGUACGCAGCAGACGCAGCAGUGAAUAGGCAGGGGGCGCAUGAGGCCGGCUUUGAGAUGUUUCAAGGCUACAUAACAGCAGGGGGACAGGGGGCGCAUGAGGCCGGCUUUGAGACGUUUCAAGGCUACAUAAGAGCAGGGGGACAGGGGGCGCAUGAGGCCGGCUUUGAGACGUUUCAAGGCUACAUAACAGCAGGGGGACAGGGGGCGCAUGAGGCCGGCUUGGAGACGUUUCAAGGCUACAUAAGAGCAGGGGGACAGGGGGCGCAUGAGCAGAAUGUUGCAGGCAGGGCAGGGCCCCAUGGUUACGGGUCUGAUUGGAGUGAGGAUGAAGAGGAGGAUGAGGAGGAAGAAGAGGAGGAGGACGAGGAGGAGGAAGAGGAGGAGGAAGAAGGGGAAAGGGAGGUGGUAGUGGAUACAGAGAAGGAACUGGUAAGCGAAGGGGAAGCGGGGGUUGGUGUUCAUGCAGGGGUGGGAGUUUACGCGGCUUCGCUGGUGUCAAGCUCUUGUGCUGAUUCCGAGGAGGGUAUGGAAGUGGUUAUGGAGGAUGAAGGUGCGGAGGGGAGGGAGAAGGAGCAGAGGGCGAGGAAGGAGGAGCAGUUAUGGCAGCAGCAGCAGGUGAAGCGGGAGCAGCAGAAACAGCAGCAGCAGGAGCAGGAGAAAGAGGAAGAGCGGGAAGUAGGCGAGCGCAGCAGUGGGCGGAGGCAGAGGAAGAGGUGGGGGGAACCGGGAGGAGACAGCGUGCUAGCAAAAGCCAUAGAGCAAGCUUUGCCAGGCAGCAGACGCCGCUCCACUUCCCCUCUCAAGAUCCCCUCCCCUCUAGAUGAGCCUACCUCCCCUCUGCAUGUGCCUACCUCCCCUCUUGGAUCCACCUCCCCCAGAUCUACCUCCCCCUUCAGCCAUUUGUACCCGCCCAAAGCCACGCUCCACUCGCCGAAAUCCGCGCUGUGCUCGCCUGCUGGCAAGUCCGCUCAGGUCAACUCUGCAUUGACCAAGUCAACGCUACCCAAGAGCAGGUCUACCUCCCCUAAACGCACCUCCCCGACACGCGCCUCAACUAGAAACACCUCCCCUACACGCACCUCCCCUACACGCACCUCCCCCACACACCCCUCAACUCGGAGCACCUCCCCCGUCUCCCCUGUGCGCACCUCCAACCGUUCGCUGAGGCGCACCGUCUCCCCUAUAAGCAUGCUCGCUUCUCCGUUGAAGUGGCUCCUUGUGCCCGAUGGCAAGCGGAGCAGAUCCCCCUCUCCCACUGGCCGCUUACCUUCUCCUGCUGCCCCUCCCUCUCCUUCUGCUGCUCCCCGCUCUCCUUUCUCUCCGCACUCUCCUGCUGCUCCGCGCUCUGCUGCUUCUCAUCUCUCUGCUGCUAUCGCGUCUGCUCGCUCACCCUCUCCCUCGCCUUCGCGUGUCGCUGGGUCAGCCACUCAUGUUGCAAGGCAGCAGGAACAGGCAGAGGUGGGGAGAAUGAGUAGGGCGAGCGGGGGUGCUGGUCGGGGCGAUGGAAGGAAGGAUUAUGGUGUGGGGAAUGGCAAUGGUGGAGGGAGGAAUGGGAAGGGCACAGGCUCCAUUAAUGCUGGUGGGAACGGCAACUGGGGCAGUGCAACUAGCUAUGAGACAGAGGAGAAGCUAGUGGUUGCUGGUGGUGGUGCUGGUGGUGCUGUUGGUGGUGGGAGGAAUGGUAAUGGCACAGGGUCUGGCAAUGCUGGUGGUGGGAACGGCAACUGGGGCAGUGCAACUAGCUAUGAGACAGAGGAGAAGCUAGUGUUGGCCAAGGGAGGAAAUGGGACGGCGAGGAGGGGGGAGGGAAAGGGGGGCGGGUGCAGCCCUGGCAGCACACAGCAGGGCGAGCGGAGGAAGGGCAGGAAGGCCCGAGGCUCCCCAGUGGAGGACGAGCACUCUCCCAAGUCAACCAGGUCAAACCGGUCAAGCCAGUCAAUGCAGUCAACGGAGGUGGUGAAGCAGAUGAUGCGGCAGCCAGUCUUUGAGUCCCUCUCUCCAGGUGGUGACGUGGUUGAAGGAGACUUGCUGGGGCUUGAGGCUAGGACCCCGAGCCUUGAGGCCAGGAGCCCGAGCCUGCCUCGGAGAUCGCCGAGCCUGAAGAAGGAGAAGAGGGGCGGGAGGCGGGCUGGCCCGGCUGAGGCGGAGGCAGCAGGGAGGGUGGGGGAGAGAGAUGCGCGUGGGGAAACGGAAGGGGUUAGGGUUCAGUCGAUUCUCUGCAAGAGCAAGUCGCCUAGGGAAGCUUCUGAGACAGUGCAGGGCACCGCUGGUGGGCAUGGUGGUGGUGGUGGUGGGCAUGGGGGUGUGGCAGCAGAGGGCGAGCUUGUGCACGAGGCGGUUGGAGAAGACAUGAGGGGUGCUGUUAGAGGGAGAGCAGUGGGCUCUCCUGGGAGCACCGAUCAGGGUGCAAGGGAGGAGAUUCUUCGGAGGGAGGAUGCAGCGAGGAAAGAGGAGAGGGCUAUGGGAUUGGGCAGGAGGGAGGAGGGCGGGGGAGAAGGGGAGGGUGAGGGGAAGAAGGAGAGGGCGCGGAGGAAGGGGAGUCCCUUCAGGAAGAGGAGGACAAUAGGAGUAGUGCUGGAUACAGAGCAACAGGAAGACGUGUGUGGGGUGGUUGGAGGGCAGGGGGUGGAGGAACAAGAGACACGCAAGGGGGAAGGGUACAAGAGCCGGAAUCCAUUUUCCAGUGGGGAUGAAGUACUCGGGGAAGUUCGCCGUACGCGCUAUAGAGAACGCGCUGAGGAAGAAGCGGCUGACGACGGCCAUCACGUACUUAAGAAAAAGCGGUUUCAACAACACUCUUGCGGAGAAGCUGCCCAACAGCAAGUAUACGUUUCUGGUGCCAAUCAACAGCGGGUGGAACAAGAUGAGCGCGUGGGCGCGCGGGCAGAUCCGAGGCAACAACACGCGGCUCUGGCAAAUCUUCGCCUAUCAUUUCAUCGCGGAGCGGUACACCAAAGUGCAGCUCGCGUGGUAUCCGCCUGGAACACAGUUACCAACAGGGAUGAAAAAACAGUUCAUCCGCCGCCUGCCCACUAA